AUGAGAUCUGUAAAGAGCCUUAUUACCCUUUGUGGGGCUUUAGUAGCUGCCCAGAAGUUUCCGGCAACCCCAGAAGGUCUUGAGAUCGUCUCUUCGAAGCUGUUCAAGGGAGCAGAGAUUUCUUACAAAGAGACAUCUAUAUGUGAGACCACCGAAGGCAUUCGUGCUUAUAGCGGCUAUGUGGCGUUGCCUAAGACUCUCCUCCCCGACUUUCGAGAUUGGGACGAUGAUAAAGCUGCUCAUCUCUUCUUCUGGUACUUUGAGGCCAGAAAUAAUCCCUCCACAGCCCCAACGUCAAUCUACCUCGGCGGCGGCCCUGGCGCAACCUCGUUCGAUAACACAAAUGGCUUCCCCUGCAUUGUGAACCCAGACUCCAAUUCAACGACCCUCAACAGUCUCUCAUGGAACAAACACGUCAACAUGCUCUACAUCGACCAGCCUCUCGGCACGGGCUUCUCAUAUGUAUCUCUGCUCAAUGGCUCCUUCGAUGUGCUGACACAGACGUUCACGCCUGGGGAUGUUCCUGAGACCAAUGCGACUUUCUUGCAGGCAACUCUUGACUCUGGUGAGAUGGAGACGGUUCCGAGGACGACUAUGAGUGGUGCUCGGACGUUGUGGGCUUUUGCGCAGGUUUGGUUCAACGAGUUUCCUAAAUGGCAGACGAAGAAUAGUGAUAUUUCUCUCUGGACAUCAUCAUACGGCGGCUUCUAUGGCCCAAACUACUUCUCCUACUUCCAAGACCAAAACACCCUUGUAUCCAACGGACACCCGACCUUCGAAAACGCCACGGUUCUCAAUCUCGCUACCCUUGGUCUUCUUGAACCCGCCAUCGACGGCCGCGCGCUGGCAAAAGGCUACCCGCAGUUCGGUCACCACAAUACUUAUGGUCUUCAAAUAUUCGACGAUAAGACUUACGAGUCUAUGCUUGAGAAGAUAGAAGAGCCUAAGACGGGGUGCUAUGCUUUGAUCGAUACGUGUCGUGCGCUGGCGAAGCAGGGUGAUCCAGAGCGGUUUGGGAAUAACAAGACGGUUAAUGCGGCUUGUGCGGCUGCUACGAAGCUCUGCUUUGUUGAUAUUCAGGGCACUUAUGGGGCUCUAUCUGAUCGAUCUCCUUUUGACAUCACGCACUCGAACCUCACCCUGUUUCCUAAGCCUUACAUCCAGGAUUUCUUCAACCAGCGCUGGGUCCAGCAAGAGCUUGGCGUACCUCUAAACUUCACAACUGGCUUUAACAAGAUUACGCAGGUCUGGCUCGGUGAGGUGGGUGAUGUUAUGGUUGGGAGUCUUGAGGCGCUGGAGAAGGUUAUCGAGAGAGGAGUGAACGUGGCUCUGAUGUAUGGCGAUCGCGACUACCGGUGUCCUUGGUACGGCGGUGAGAACAUCAGCCUCUCACUAAGCACACCUUCGUCUCCCACCUUUCGCAAAGCAGGCUAUGCCUCCAUCAAGACGAACUGCUCUUCCGCAGCUGGUUUCGUCCGCGAACACGGCCCGGUAUCCUUCUCUCGCAUCUUCCAAUCAGGCCAUGGCGUAGCAGCCUACCAACCCGAGCUCUUGAGCACGAUCUUCGAGCGUGUCAUGUUCAGGCGAGAUCUGGCGACUGGAAAGGUUGAUCUGAGGAAGAAUAAGAAGUACAAGACGAAGGGGCCUAAAAGCGUGGCGGGUGUGAAGAAUAAGGUUCCUGAGACAAUUAAGAAUACCUGCUUUGUUAGGACGCCCGGGAUAAGCUGUACGGAUGAGCAGUUGGAGGCGUUGGCGAAGGGAGAUGCUGUUGUGGAGGACUGGGUUGUUGUUGAGCCGAAGGGGAAGAAGCCUGCGCCUAUUGAGGGCUCCAAGAGACGUUUUGUAUAG